AUGUGGAAGGGUCCACGCGGAGGCACCAAGCAGCACUACACCCACCUGAAGCGGAUCGAUCCGAGCAAGAAGAGCGUGCCCACCGAGCUGCAGCAGGAGUACAACUACUACCACUCGAUCAACCUGGAGAAGGAGAAGGAGGAGAUGGGUCCGCGCAUGUUCGGCAUGUUCAAGAUGAACCGCGAGGGCGCCUACGUGCCCUCCCUCUCGGCCAUGUACGCCUCGGCCCUCGAGGUCGAGCGCGAGGAGGAGCUCAAUCAGCGCGGCCGCCCAUCCGGCGCCGAUCUUCCACCUCCACCAGGAGCCCGCGCUGCUGCCUACGGCGGCCACGACGACCCGGACGUCAACUUCCUGGCCUGCCUCAAGCCGCUGGCCCACCCCUCCUCCUCCUCGUCGCCGUUGCCCUCUUCGCGCGCCUCGCCACCACUCCCGUCCUCGUCAUCGUCGGCCACGAUCGCACCCUCCUUCUUCCCACGCCUCCUGGGCGGCCCGCCGCAGCCCACGUCGCCCUCGUCGUCGUCGGCCUACGCCGCCCAGGCCGGCGGCUAUCCGCCGCCCUACUAUUCGGGCAUGGCCCCGCCCCUGCCCCCCAACCUGAGCUCAGCCGGCGGCCUCCCCUUCGACCGCGACCCAUCGGCGCCGUGGGACGCGGGACCCGCCCACCACCACCACCACCGGGGCCUCCCCUCGCCCUACGCGCACCACCCCCACCAGCCGCCGCCGCCGCCACAGCAGCAGCAUCCUCUCUACUACCUCGCAGCCGGCGCCACAGCUGGCGGCUCGGGCCACCUUCCCACCUCCUCUUCUCCGACAUCCUCUCCCCGCGGCAGCUACCACCAGCAGCACCCGCAAUCCCACCACCACCACCUUCACCACCACCACCCGCAUCAGCAUCAGCAUCAGCAGCAGUCGCCGCUGCUGCACGGUUCGGUGGACAUUCCCUACACAUCGCUUCCUCCUCUGCUGGCGCCGCCGCCGCCACCCCACGCCUUCGCCAACAACGCAGGCAGCACGCACCUGUACAGAUCGUCUGCCGGCGGGCAUCCCGGCGGCCUCCCCUCCGAUGCCGACGAGCGGCGGGAACAGACGGCGCAGCAGCGCGAGGACAGCAACUACUCCCCGCCCGCCCUCCGGCACGCCCCCUGA